AUGGGCAACUCAAAAACAAAGAUACAUAUUCCACCUGAACAGCUCGAAGAGUAUCGUAAGAUUAGUGGUUUAUCGGAUAAAGAAGUACGAGACUUCCUUGACGUCUUUCUAUCGGAAUAUCCAUCAGGAGAAGUUAUUAAGGAAGAUUUUGUUGAGGAAAAUAUUAAAACACAUGGAGGACAUUUGCAAAUGUGGAAUCAUAUUUUUGAUGUGUUAGAUAAGGAUGGGAAUGGCCUUUUUGACGCCAAAGACUUUUUGAUUGCGUGUAAUAUUGGUGUGAAUGGUACCCCUGAGGAGAAGCUGUAUUUUGCUUUCAAAGUUUAUGACAUAGACGGCAAUGGAUACAUUGAUUACUUUGAGUUCUCGCAGUUGUUUCAUUUCACAUUUGGAAAUUUCCAACUCUCAGACAAUUCCAUCAAAUCAGAACAAGACUUUCUUGUAGAAGAUAAGGAAUUAUCUGAGAAGUGUCGCAGAAUCUUCCAACGGCUCGAUAAAAGCGAAAGAGGUAAAAUUUCAAUGCCAGAGUUUGUUCAUGGCUUGCGUGACGAUCCUGUCAUGAUUGCAAGCUUUACUUUGUUUUGA